AUUGUAAAUAAUCUUAAUAGCAGUAUUCGCGUUUGCAUUCUCGCAUCCCUGGCAAUGGAGUCCUACACACAAUAGGCGCCCAAAGAAAGCAUGUUUGACUUGAUCGCUGGGAGCAUCCGCCGGCACCGCCCAGGACCCGCCCCGAACCCGCCCCGCCCCCUGUAGCCCCGCCCCCCGCAUGCUGAAUGCCAUAUAGGCGAGUGACGUCAGGCCGUUUGUUGUCAUUGGCGGCUCCCAAGAUGGCGUCCAUCAUGGAAGGGCCGCUGAGCAAAUGGACUAACGUGAUGAAGGGCUGGCAGUACCGUUGGUUCGUGCUGGACUACAAUGCAGGACUGCUUUCCUACUACACGUCCAAGGACAAAAUGAUGAGAGGCUCUCGCAGAGGAUGUGUUAGACUCAGAGGAGCUGUGAUUGGUAUAGACGAUGAGGACGACAGCACCUUCACAAUAACUGUUGAUCAGAAAACCUUCCAUUUCCAGGCUCGUGAUGCUGAUGAGCGAGAGAAGUGGAUCCAUGCCUUAGAAGAAACGAUUCUUCGACAUACUCUUCAGCUUCAAAUCAGUACCACACUUGCUUUUUUCCAGUCUUCUGGUAUCUCUCCAGUUCUUGAAUUUUCAAAAAUAAUUGGUUUGGAUUCAGGAUUUGUUCCUAGUGUCCAAGAUUUUGAUAAGAAACUUACAGAAGCUGACGCUUACCUACAAAUCUUGAUUGAACAAUUAAAGCUCUUUGAUGACAAGCUUCAAAACUGCAAAGAAGAUGAACAGAGAAAGAAAAUUGAAACUCUCAAAGAGACAACAAAUAGCAUGGUAGAAUCAAUUAAACACUGCAUUGUGUUGCUGCAGAUUGCCAAAGACCAGAGUAAUGUGGAGAAGCACGCAGAUGGAAUGAUAAGUACUAUUAAUCCUGUAGAUGCAAUAUAUCAACCGAGUCCUUUGGAACCUGUGAUCAGCACAAUGCCUUCCCAGACUGUGUUACCUCCAGAACCUGUUCAGUUGUGUAAGUCAGAGCAGCGUCCAUCUUCCCUCCCAGUUGGACCUGUGUUGGCUACCUUGGGACAUCAUCAGACUCCUACACCAAAUAGUACAGGCAGUGGCCAUUCACCACCAAGUAGCAGUCUCACUUCUCCAAGCCAUGUGAACUUGUCUCCAAAUACAGUCCCAGAGUUCUCUUACUCCAGCAGUGAAGAUGAAUUUUAUGAUGCCGAUGAAUUCCAUCAAAGUGGCUCAUCCCCAAAGCGCUUAAUAGAUUCUUCUGGAUCUGCCUCGGUCCUGACACACAGCAGCUCGGGAAAUAGUCUGAAACGCCCAGAUACCACAGAAUCACUUAAUUCUUCCAUGUCCAAUGGAACAAGUGAUGCUGACCUUUUCGAUUCACAUGAUGACAGAGAUGAUGACGCGGAGGCAGGGUCUGUGGAGGAGCACAAAAGUGUUAUCAUGCAUCUUUUGUCACAGGUUAGGCUUGGAAUGGAUCUUACUAAGGUAGUUCUUCCAACGUUUAUUCUUGAAAGAAGAUCUCUUUUAGAAAUGUAUGCAGACUUUUUUGCACAUCCGGACCUGUUUGUGAGCAUUAGUGACCAGAAGGAUCCCAAGGAUCGAAUGGUUCAGGUUGUGAAAUGGUACCUCUCAGCCUUUCAUGCAGGAAGGAAAGGAUCAGUUGCCAAAAAGCCAUACAAUCCCAUUUUGGGCGAGAUUUUUCAGUGUCAUUGGACAUUACCAAAUGAUACUGAAGAGAACACUGAACUAGUUUCAGAAGGACCAGUUCCCUGGGUUUCCAAAAACAGUGUAACAUUCGUGGCUGAGCAGGUUUCCCAUCAUCCACCCAUUUCAGCCUUUUAUGCUGAGUGUUUUAACAAGAAGAUACAAUUCAAUGCUCAUAUCUGGACCAAAUCAAAGUUCCUUGGGAUGUCAAUUGGGGUGCACAACAUAGGGCAGGGCUGUGUCUCAUGUCUAGACUAUGAUGAACAUUACAUUCUCACAUUCCCCAAUGGCUAUGGAAGGUCUAUCCUCACAGUGCCCUGGGUGGAAUUAGGAGGAGAAUGCAAUAUUAAUUGUUCCAAAACAGGCUAUAGUGCAAAUAUCAUCUUCCACACUAAACCCUUCUAUGGGGGCAAGAAGCACAGAAUUACUGCUGAGAUUUUUUCUCCAAAUGACAAGAAGUCUUUUUGCUCAAUUGAAGGGGAAUGGAAUGGUGUGAUGUAUGCAAAAUAUGCAACAGGGGAAAAUACAGUCUUUGUAGAUACCAAGAAGUUGCCUAUAAUCAAGAAGAAAGUGAGGAAGUUGGAAGAUCAGAAUGAGUAUGAAUCCCGCAGCCUUUGGAAGGAUGUCACUUUCAACUUAAAAAUCAGAGACAUUGAUGCAGCAACUGAAGCAAAGCACAGGCUUGAAGAAAGACAAAGAGCAGAAGCCCGAGAAAGGAAAGAGAAGGAGAUUCAGUGGGAGACAAGGUUAUUUCAUGAAGAUGGAGAAUGCUGGGUUUAUGAUGAACCAUUACUGAAACGUCUUGGUGCUGCCAAGCAUUAGGUUGGAAGAUGCAAAGUUUAUACCUGAUGAUCAGGGCAGUAGGCAUAAUUCAGCAACAAACAAUCUUCCUUUGGGAGAAACCUGUUCACUCCCUUCUAAUUACAGUGGUUCCUAUCUCAGGGAUACUGGACUUUCUGACGCAAAUGAACAAUUAAGGGGAAAAGCUUCCCUUUUCCCUCUGUGGCAGUUACGAUUUUGAUUUCAGUCCUGAGAAAAACUUCAGGUUUUGAAAACCAGAUGAUGUCUUCUCCUUUUCCAAACACCACACGUUGAAAGCAUUUAUAAAUCCAAGUCUGAAACUGCACUCUAGUUCUGCUGUUAAGAUAUACAACCUGUUUCUUAGUUCAUAUAAUCUCGGGAUACACACACAUACACAUACACACACAUACAUAUAUAUAAAAUAUACCUGAUGCCAGAUUUUUUCAUAAAUAUUCUGCCUACUGUAAAUAUGGGUUCCUCUGAGUUGUUUUAGAAAAUUAGUGCAAUGCAUUAAAAUCAAGUGUUAGGAAAUUUCAUGGUCUUACUUAAAAUAACUUUUAUUUUGGAACUGAACUAUUAUUAAAUUGUAUCUAAUCCUGGAUUACAGUUUAAUUAAUUAUUCUUAGUGCUUCUUAAGGCUUCAUAAAGUAAUUUUUCCAACCUUUUUU